AUGAGUCACAAGUCCUACACCAUUGUGAUCAAGCUUGGAACAUCGUCGUUGGUCGACGAAGUGACACGCGAGCCUCGGAUCGCCAACAUGGCCAACAUCGUUGAAACGGUGGUGAAACUCCGCCGCGCGGGCCAUCGCAUUGUGGUUGUCUCCUCUGGAGCCAUUGCGUUUGGUAUGAGAAGAGUAGGUGUCACAGAAAAGCCCAAGCAAUUGGCCGCAGUACAGGCAUUGGCGUCUAUCGGUCAAGGCCGGUUGAUAGGGCUCUUUGACGACAUGUUCCGGCAAAUGAACCAGGCGGUGGCGCAGAUUCUCAUCACCAGAAACGACAUUAUCGAUUUCACCCAGUACAAGAACGCCGUCAACACCAUCCAACAAUUGUUGGCCAUGGAUGUGAUCCCCAUUGUCAACGAAAACGACACCUUGUCCGUGGCCGAGAUCAAAUUCGGUGACAAUGACACGCUUUCGGCCAUCACAGCAGGUAUGAUCCAUGCAGACUAUCUCUUUCUAAUGACCGACGUGCCAUGUUUGUACACGGACAACCCACGCACGAACCCAGACGCCAAGCCUGUACUUUUCGUCGACAAGAUCGAUGAGCUUGCAGUGAAAACAGACACAGAAGCCGGCAGCAAAGUUGGAACGGGCGGAAUGACCACGAAAUUGAUUGCUGCGGAGUUGGCUACGAAUGUCGGUGCUACCACCAUUGUUACGCUCUCGUCUCAACCACAGUACAUUUUGGACAUCGUGGCCAGCAUCCAGAAUGCGCCAGAUGGAACUCUGCAAGAACAAGAGCAACAUGUGGCCAAGGAGAUUUCUGCUGGUCGUCUUCCGCUCCACACGCGAUUCGUGGCACUUCCUAAAAACGAACAGAUCAAGUCCGACCGCCGGUUUUGGCUUUUGCACGGCCUCCGUACUAAAGGUUCGUUGUACAUUGACCUGGGCUGCUACGAAGCUUUGACCCGCAAAGACAGAGCGGGGCUUUUACCUGCUGGAGUUGUGGCAGUGACGGGCCAGUUCCAUGAGAGCGAAUGUGUGUCGAUCAAGGUGAUCCCUAAGCGGUUGGGCACAGGGCUGGAGUCGUUAGAGACUGUGUUGCAAAGUGCAGUCGAGGUGGGCCAUUGUCGUGUCAACUACAGCUCCACGGAAAUUGAUUUGAUCAAGGGCCUUCGGAGCAGCGAGAUUGAAAAGGUUUUAGGAUACGCCGACUCUGAGUAUGUGGCCCAUAGAGACAAUCUCGCAUUCCCACCAGAGAGCAGAUAA